AAGUUACAAAUAAAAUGAAACGAGUGAUACAUAAACAAAGAAGAAAAAAGGGUGAUUAAAUAUACUAAAAAAUAAUUAAAGAACAAUUCUGUGAUUGGUUUUGUUCAUUUCAAGGACAAUCUUAAGGUUAUCCUUAUGAAGCGAACAUUGGUAUUCAUUGACGAGAAUACCAUGACUGUAUUCUGUUUAAUUCAUGAUUGUGUGUAAUCGUAUUUGUAAAAAUUUAGGUGGGUGAUAUUUGCGUUAGCAUGGAUAUCUACCGUUAAAUCGUUACGAUUUGAAGGAACAAAAUGUUUCGAGAGAAUCGUAGUGCUUCCAAAUAAGAUAUCGAAGAGAGGUUCUGUGAUAAAUGAGAGAGCUAGACCGAAGAGUUGUAAAUACAUCUUUGACAACUAUAAAAAGGGAAAAGAUGUAUUGCCUACAGUGGUUGAUUCCAGUACUGCUGAUACCAAAGCCAGUUAAUCCAGCAUUGCUACAAACGCAUGUCAUGUUCAUGGCAUUGUACCUAAUCGGAUUCUUCCUAGAACGAAAGCCAUGCACCAUCUGCAGUUUAGUGUUUCUUGUUGCUGUUUUCCUAAUUUGUUACAGUGGCAUUGGUAAUUGUCUCCUUUGGAGUACAAAUUGUGAUACAAUGAGAUGCGACAAUAGUUAAAAUUAUUAAGACACUGCUCUUAGGUUCUACAAUUGUCAUUACUUUCAUUUCUCUUUUAGAAGAUGUCAAAAUUAAUUCUUCGAUAAGUAAAUCCAUUACUGAAUUAGUAUAUAUGUAUAUACAUAUUUUGGUAUUUCUGUGUAUAUAUAUAUGUAUUAAUUAAUGUAUAUAAAUGUGAUUUUUUUAUGGUUUUAAACAUAGUUUUUAUAGUCCUUGCAAUUGGUACGUAUACAUAUUUAUAUAUAUGGUACAUGCAAGUAUAUCAAAUUGAUAGGCCAUAAAAAAAUUUUGCAUGACACCAAGAAACUUCAAGGUCAUACAAAAUGAUUAAAAUAUAUCAUCUUUGUAUAUAUAUUAUUAAAUUUAAUUCCAAUUAGUUUAACGUUAUCGUUUAAUCUUCUUACAAUGUAUAUAAAAUUAUUUUCCAAUUAGACUCAUUGACUCUCUUGUCAACUGUAUACUUUACAAAGUAAGACUUCCUUUGCUGAUUGCUUUAUUUGAAUACACAUUUGCGUGAAGAAUUUAAUAACCGAGUAGUAUUUAUCAUGUACGAAAUUAAAUUGCCAUUAAAUGAAACUCAGCAAUACAAACACUGAUAUUAUCGAGGAAACAUUAAAAAUUAUAAAAAUUGUCAAAUUGAAGUCUGCUUACAUAAAGAAUAUAAUAAACAAUAGUAUUCGUUGAUCGAAUACGACGAGCGGUAGAAAUAAAUAUUGCGAUAAAGCAUAAAAUCUAAGUAAUUCAUUAUAUGUAUUGUAUUAAAACUUCUGAUUGUAAGUAGGAUUUGAAAAUGAUUACUUUUGACUUGUUCAUAAAAUAAAUAUAUAUUUAUUUUACCGAGCAUAUAAAGUAGUGGAAAUUGAAAUGUAACUUGGCAUUACUUGGAAAUUAUGCAUAUAUAAGCGAUUAAUAUUUAUAUGAAAAUAAAACAUGAUGUAUGCUGUGCGAUUAAUGCAUCUUUCCAUUCAGUGUAAGUAUUAACAAUUUAAUUGGAAAAAAUUUUAGCUUUUAAUAAUUGCAAACAGAAAGCCUAUACCAUAUCGCUAAUAGUAUUUAAAUUUCUGUUUUAGUUUAGGCAAGAGAACACAUUAGUAAGAAAAUAGUUUGGUUUUACUUUGUUUAUACAAUAAAGUAAUCGAAAACUUUUUAUUUAAAGCUUUUGCUUUAGCACAAAUAUAUAUAUCUGUGAUGUUUCCAGUUUCAUGCGUGCCUUGUAAAAAAUGAUAUUGAUCGGUACAUUUAC